UCCCCCCAUUUAUUCUGCGCGAUUUUUCUCGCUCGAAAACUUUUGAGGGUUUUUCUUUGAUUCCCUAAAUCCUCAGCAUGCCUGAGGUAGUUGGUUUAAGCGAACAAAAGUUAACUUUCUAUUUAAAGAGAGUUGUGACCUCCUGUGUUUCUGCACUAAGAGAGAUAACUGAGUGCCUAUUUGUCAACUCUGGAACUGUCAUGGCCACUGGAGACAAGCAACAGCCGAUCUCAGCCAAGAAAUCUGCACUAAGAGAGAUACCUAAUGAGAAUAGAAACACCAUUCACAAAUCACCCGGGAAUUCUCCAUUCCCCAUGGACAAAACACCAGUCAAGGAUACUGUGAAGCCUAGUUGCCUUGCGAGUCCUAAUGGGCCUCUUGUAUAUGUUCGUAGAAAACUCGAAACAGAUUCAGGAAAGAUCAACAAUAACAAUUUUGACACUAGGAAACAUGAAAGAGAAUCAGCAAAGAUCAACGGUGGCAGUUCUGAUUCUCCACCACUGAAGAAAUCUAGGAAUGAUUACUCUAUCAAUGAGUUACCAGUGCCCACAUUAAAUUGUUCUUCAGCUCCAGUUGCAGUUCCCUUCCAGCCUGAUAGCAAGUCAAGUGCUGUUUCUUUCCCUUUUCGGCCUGAACCCCAAAAGCCUAGGCAAUCCAACAUUGGAAAGAGCGGUUGA